AAGCUAUUGAGUUUUGAGUCGAAUCUAUUAGCCACAAAACACACACACACAUAUUCUCACACAAACUGCAACCAUGGCUACUACCUUAUGUUACAAUUCUCUUAACCCUUCAACAACCGUUUUCUCAAGAACCCAUUUCUCAGUUCCCUUGAAUAAAGAGCUUCCACUGGAUGCUUCACCUUUUGUUGUUGGCUAUAACUGUGGUGUAGGAUGCAGAACAAGGAAGCAAAGGAAGAAAGUGAUGCAUGUGAAGUGUGCAGUGGUGGAGGCUCCACCAGGUGUUUCACCCUCAGCAAAAGAUGGGAAUGGAACCACCCCUUCGAAGAAGCAGCUUCGUAUACUUGUGGCUGGUGGAGGGAUUGGAGGGUUGGUUUUUGCUUUGGCUGCAAAGAGAAAGGGGUUUGAGGUGAUGGUGUUUGAGAAGGACUUGAGUGCUAUAAGAGGGGAGGGACAGUAUAGGGGUCCAAUUCAGAUUCAGAGCAAUGCUUUGGCUGCUUUGGAAGCUAUUGAUUCAGAGGUUGCUGAUGAAGUUAUGAGAGUUGGUUGCAUCACUGGUGAUAGAAUCAAUGGACUUGUAGAUGGGGUUUCUGGUUCUUGGUACGUCAAGUUUGAUACAUUCACUCCUGCAGUGGAACGUGGGCUUCCUGUCACAAGAGUUAUUAGUCGAAUGGUUUUACAAGAGAUCCUUGCUCGCGCAGUUGGGGAAGAUAUCAUUAUGAAUGCCAGUAAUGUUGUUAAUUUUGUGGAUGAUGGAAACAAGGUAACAGUAGAGCUAGAGAAUGGUCAGAAAUAUGAAGGAGAUGUCUUGGUUGGAGCGGAUGGAAUAUGGUCCAAGGUGAGGAAGCAGUUAUUUGGGCUCACAGAAGCUGUUUACUCUGGUUAUACUUGUUAUACUGGCAUUGCAGAUUUUGUGCCUGCUGACAUUGAAACUGUUGGAUACCGAGUAUUCUUGGGACACAAACAAUACUUUGUAUCUUCAGAUGUUGGUGCGGGAAAGAUGCAAUGGUAUGCAUUUCACAAAGAACCUCCUGGUGGUGUUGAUGAGCCCAACGGAAAAAAGGAAAGGUUGCUUAGGAUAUUUGAGGGCUGGUGUGAUAAUGCUGUAGAUCUGAUACUUGCCACAGAAGAAGAAGCAAUUCUAAGACGAGACAUAUAUGACAGGAUACCAACAUUGACAUGGGGAAAGGGUCGCGUGACUUUGCUUGGUGAUUCCGUCCAUGCCAUGCAGCCAAAUAUGGGCCAAGGAGGGUGCAUGGCUAUUGAGGACAGUUAUCAACUUGCAUGGGAGUUGGAGAAUGCAUGGGAACAAAGUAUUAAAUCAGGGAGUCCAAUUGACAUUGAUUCUUCCCUAAGGAGCUACGAGAGAGAAAGAAGACUACGAGUUGCCAUUAUUCAUGGAAUGGCUAGAAUGGCGGCUCUCAUGGCUUCCACUUACAAGGCAUAUCUGGGUGUUGGUCUUGGCCCUUUAGAAUUUUUGACUAAGUUUCGUAUACCACAUCCUGGAAGAGUUGGAGGAAGGUUUUUUGUUGACAUCAUGAUGCCUUCUAUGUUGAGCUGGGUCUUAGGUGGCAAUAGCGACAAACUUGAGGGCAGACCACUAAGUUGCAGGCUCACAGACAAAGCAAAUGAUCAGUUACGUAGAUGGUUUGAAGAUGAUGAAGCACUCGAGCGUGCUAUUAAUGGAGAAUGGAUUUUAUUACCGCAUGGAGAUGGAACAGGUCUUUCAAAGCCUAUAUCUUUAAGUCGAAAUGAGAUGAAACCCUUCAUAAUCGGGAGUGCACCAAUGCAAGAUAAUUCAGGCAGUUCAGUUACAAUUUCUUCACCACAGGUUUCUCCAACGCAUGCUCGAAUUAACUAUAAGGAUGGUGCCUUCUUCUUGAUUGAUUUACGGAGUGAGCAUGGCACCUGGAUCAUUGACAACGAAGGAAAGCAGUACCGGGUACCUCCUAAUUAUCCUGCUCGCAUCCGUCCAUCUGAUGUUAUUCAGUUUGGUUCUGAGAAGGUUUCGUUCCGUGUUAAGGUGACAAGCUCUGUUCCAAGAGUCUCAGAAAAUGAAAGCACACUAGCUUUGCAGGGAGUAUGACUGAUUCUGCUCAAUUGCAAUUUGUAAGUUAUGGAAAAAUUAUACAGCACAAAUUUGCUAUUGUAUAGUACUAUCUGCAUUGUUUUAGGGUGGGGUAUUAUACCACAGUCUAGUCAUUUAAGAUCUGAUAUGUUACAUGCCUAUAUGGACAUUUAAGAGGGACUCUUGGGUAUAAAUUUGUUACUCCACUCCAAUACUUUUUGUGUAUGACAUUUGUAAUUUGUUAGAGUUAGAUUUAUAACAUGACACACAUAAACUUGCACGUGAUUAAUGUUGAAUGGAGUAAGCAAUGCCUAGCUAUGAAUUUUUGCACUUUUAA